AACAUAUGACAUUUUAUGUCAAAUAGUAUCACACUGAUUAAAGAUAAAUAUAAGAGAGAAAUGUGUAGUUGAUUUGUGAAAUACUGUGUAUGUUAGGACGCAAGUCCUAAACUUUAAUUUUGAACAAUAUCAAGUUUUAAUGAUAUGUAAUAUAUUGUGAGAAAUAACCGAGUGCAAUAAUUUUGUGAACAAUAAACAUGUUCAGGUAUAUCUAAAGAAGUUAUUGCUAAGAGACUACUGAUCUAAAUUUAGGAACAGAAACAGUGUUAACAUGAAAAUAUACAACCUUACUGUAGCAUUAAAAUUAUUGUGAAUGCCUAUGUAUGUAUUUUUCAACAUAUGCAACAUUAUUAUUUUAAAAGAUGACUACAGUGGCCAUGGAAGAGUAUGAAUUAAUGAAAGACUCGAAAUAUCGUUUGUAUGUAGCCGCUAUUGACAAAGCGUUAAAAAAUUUCGAAUAUACAUCAGAAUGGGCUGAUCUUAUAUCAGCAUUAGGAAAAUUAAACAAGGUAUUAUUGAGCUACACAAAGUUUCCUGUUAUACCAAGACGAAUUAAAAUUAGUAAAAGGUUAGCACAAUGUAUGCAUCCAGCAUUACCAUCAGGUGUGCACCUCAAAGCAUUAGAAACUUACGACAUCAUAUUUAGGUGUAUGGGAACCAACAGAUUAGCCUGUGACCUAUUUAUAUACAGUGCAGGUCUUUUUCCACUUAUGGGACAUGCAGCUAUGAAUAUUCGACCAACGUUAUUAACAAUAUAUGAAACACAUUUUAUACCUUUGGGAGACAGAUUACGACCAGCAUUAAGUGGGUUUCUUAGUGGUGUAUUAUUAGGACUUGAUACAGGGACUGAUCACUUCGACCGGACCAAUUUACUUCUAGAAAAUGUUUGUGAAGGUGUGGAUCCACCCUAUUUUUACACAUGCAUUUGGCAAUGUGUGGCAAAUAACAGUCCUGUUCGUCUACCAGCCAUUAGUUAUGUAUUAUCCCAUUACAGUAGAAAGUUAUCAAUGGAAGAUCAGCUUUAUUUAAUGGGAAACGAUAUAGGGUUAAUGGUUUCAGGUUUAUGUGCAGCGGUUCAAGAUUCAAGUGUAUUGGUGCAAAGAUCUGCACUCGAUCUAUUGAUGGUUUGUUUUCCAAUGAACAACAAACAAUUAUUAUAUGCAGAUAUGGUCAGAUUAGUGACAGCGGCUCUAACGACAAUAUUGAGACGAGAUAUGUCUUUAAAUAGACGCUUAUAUUCGUGGAUUCUUGGAAAUGACGUAAAUAAUAUACCGGUGCUUCAAAUAGAAGGAGAAUUGGAAGAAAGUAUGCCCCACGGGCAUCACAUAUUAGCUUACGGUUUGUUAAACGACGCACUGAAAAUAAUUUUGAAAAAAUGUACUACCGAAAUACCAAUCGAUAUAAAACCAUACAGAUUACUUAUAUCGUUAUUCGACAAACCUCAGAUUGGUGCAGUAAUCUUAGACGGUAUAUUAUGUGAUGUUUUCAGGACUCUGUAUCUCUCCUGUUUGCACCAACAAAAAAAUAAACAUACUACCGUUCGGUGUGUAUCAUUUACUGGUGAUUUGACCAGUUUAAAAAACGAUGACAAUGUGUUAAAUCAACAAUUUGUUCUAAAAAACUGCCCCGAAGUAAUAAAGAACGCAAAUCUUUUAUUUAACACACUCCAAAGACAUUACAUAUGGUCCUACAUAGAGAAACUGUUCAUAGAGGCCGCUAAAAAUAUUAAAAUCUACAAAUAUAGGGAAAGAAAACAAGUUUGUGAUAUCGGUAGCGGAUCACCGCAUAUAUUAGAACUUUGCAUCUUGACAGAUUUUUUGCUUAACAUAAUUCCUAUAGAAGCUUACGCUGAAAAUACGAAUAAUAUAUUACCGAAUUUAUUUUGGAAGUUGAUAUCAACGUUAAAAUCCACUCUUAUAGAUCUGAAUCAAUACGAAAUAGAAGAGACUUUACAGCUUUGUACUAAAAUUUUAAAUAAAAUCCAACCGACCAGUUUGAAGCAAAACAAUUCCGACGCUUCUAAUCAAAGUUUCGAUUCUUCAUUUGGAGAUUCCAUAGAGAAAACUAUGGAAAAUAGCACGAUCUUUGAAGAGAAAUUAGAUAACGGAGAUCUACGAAUGUUAGAAAAAAGUAAAUCUGAUUCAAAGAUCAACGAAAAUUUAAAUUACAAAAAUGAAUUAACAGUAGGAGAAAAUAAUAAUAAUAAUAGGGAAAGAUCGUACAGUAACCAAAUGACUAAGAAAAAAACUAGUCCUAGAAUAGAAAAAAAGAGUAAAAACAAAAAAUCCAAAUCUACAUCCAAGCUCGAUGAGUCAAAAAACGAAGAUGAUUCCUUUAGUUCCGAAAACGCGACACCGAUACCUGAAAAACGACCAUUAAUGGUUACAGAAAGCGUAGAAUCUACACCGAGAAUAACAGCCAUUGAAAAUCAACAGUUCAUUAAAUGCCUUGAAGAGUACAAAUCGUUUUAUGUGGAUUUCAUCAAAAUUAAACUUUUACCUGACACUGAUAUUGAUCAAAUUAUUCAAUCUCUAAAGUGCGACAAAAGUAGCAGAACUCGCUCUUUAGUAAAUUUAUUAGAUGCAUGCUUGUAUGACAGUGAUAAAACUGACUUUACACCUAUUGAUAUAAAUAAUUUUAUAAAGCGCAACAAGAUUACACCACAUUUUUCAACAUUAUCAACUAGUGGGAACGCUUACGAACAGGCUAUGGGAAUAGCAUCAAAUAUACUUUUAGAGUUUUCGGCAUUUCCGAAUUUAUUAAAAAUGGAGGAAGAUCAUUUAAAAUUGCCUACUUGGGUAGAAAUUCUGAUGACGGUGGCCUGUUGCAGUGAUUCAUCAAGAGAAAACCAAUUAACUGCUAUGAAUACGCUCUUAGAAAUUUUCAGCCUGGCAACCAAUGCCGUAUAUAAUAGAAGAACGGACGGCAGUUCUAAUAUUUUAAUUACAGGAAUAUUAGAUAUAAUACAUGUUAAAUAUAUUGAAGAAAAUACGAAUAUAAUAGAGGAAAUGUGCAAAAUUUUAUGGAAUUUACUAGGAAUAGUAAACGAUCAAAAUCAAUUAAUAUUAUGCGUAACGUUAUUAUAUCAAAUACACAACAUAUUCGAUAACGCAAUGUUUGUAGAAAACGUGAUUAACAGUUAUCUCACUCAAGAAACUAUCAACGUAGAACACGUUAAGCGAUUCUUCAUGUUAUGGCAUUUAGGAAGAAACCUGAAUAUUAAAAUACCUCCAAAAAAAUCGAACAUGAGAAAUUUUGAUAAGUCACUAUUAAAAAUCCUGGAUAAUCUUCAAAAUAAAGAAGCGCCAAAUUUGCAGUUGCUGUCAGAAUCUUUCGUAACACACAGUUUGUUACAUAACGACAUAUCCAGAAUAAUAAAUCCUCUUCUACUCAAACUUUUAGCUUCCAACACUUCGAGAGUUUCGAUACGUCAUGUCAAUAUAACAGAUUCGGAAUCACAAAGCGAUAUAACAAAAGAAGAACAACACAUAAUGGAAAAUAUCCAAUCGAAAAAAAUUUACGCCGUUAGUAACGUUAACGGGAACUUGAUGUAUCACGUGACGGACAGUCCCAGCUCCAAACCGUCGAAAAAGAGAUGGUUUACUUUUGCGAAAUCCGGAAAGCGUUUAUCGUCUUCUGCAAUAAAUAUGACGACUAGUAUAAACGAAGAUUCAAAUGUCGUAACAAGAAAGAAUAGGGAUUUCAAAGGAGUAACUUCUUCUCCUAAAUCAGAAAAGGCUCCAAAAAAUGUGAAACUAAUCAUCAAUCCUUUGAGCUCUAAAGAAGUUUAUCCUAUAGGUUUGGAUGGUUCUUACACGAAAAAAGAUUCCAAUUCCUCGUUGGAUAGUUUAUCAUCUAGUAACGAUCUUACUCAAACAAGUAAUGAAGAUUCUUUGAGCAAGAGUUAUACACCUGACCGUAUGACGAACGGCGAAAGAGAUUCUGGAUUCGAUAGUCUCAAAAACGAAAGAGAUUAUAGAGCUAAAUUGCUAUUAGAAAGUAUUGAACCGAUUGCUGAUGGAGUUAUAAUCGAAGCUAUCAACGAUAACGUGAAUGUAGCGAAAAUGUCAAAAUCUCACAGUUUCGACGAUCAGAUCAAUAUAACGAAAACAACGGAUAUCGAAAAUACUCUGGUUCAAAGUUGGUCCUACUGCAUAUCCGAAUCCGAUAAUCUUCACGCCAAUUUUGAAUUAGAAAUAAGCAAAAGCGCCGAAGAAUUUUUUAGGAAAAAUGAAGAAAAAUCCAUUGUUACCGAUAUAAUAAACGACAUUGUUGAUAGAGUUUGUAUCGAUUGUAUGGAUGAAAUAGACGCCAGACCGACUUAUUUGGAUCUCAGAUCGAAAAUGUGUCACCAAUCGUCUAAAAAUGUCGUUUUGUAUCCCAUACAUUCACAUAUUUGCCUGUACUACGACCUUUUCGAUACCAACCAGAUUACUUACGCUUUGCAAACGUUAAAAAAUUGCAUCAAUUCCAAUCAACAAUUAUUCAUAAAAUGUUUGGCGACUAGUGGCAUUAAAAACCUUAAAAAUAAUGAAAUACUGAAUCUGUUGGCGAGACACAGAAAAUCACUUUUGGGUUACGGAUUUGCCGGUGAACUCAGUAGCGAACAUGUCAAUUUUUACCGAGGCUACAUGUUUUUGGAUGUAAUAAUAUCCAUUUGCCUCAAUUAUUCGAGAACUUUUUUACCUUUUUUGGAGGAUUGCUCAACGAUAUGUGAGGAAAUUAAUUGUAAUUUGAAGAUACAAUUGGAGAGUUUGGAAAUUUUGAACAUAAUAACGAAAAAGUUAAUAACCAUGGUAGGAGAAAAUUCUAAAGGUUUUUCUAGUUACAUAGCCGAUCUAUUAAUCAAAUGCAAGAUGCAGAAGAUUCUUUUGAACUGUUUAUUAGUCUCCGUUAGAAACGUCGACGACGAAAUGACUUUUGCAGAAGAAAUUUUAGCCUACAAUAACUUCCAGCUAUUCGGCAACGACAAUAAAUUAGGGGAACACUGCGAAGCAUAUCAAAUCCAAAUUCUACGUUUAAUUAACUCGCUGAUUGUCUUAGAAUAUGAAGUUUUUCGUCCGAAUAACGGGGAAACAACCACCACUUUAAUACCACAGCAACAAAGUUUUCUUUCGGCUCUAAUGACAGCCCUAAGACAACAAAAUUUGAAAUAUCUUCAUGGUAAUUGGUUAUAUUUAAUAAGCUCUUGUUUACCUUAUUUCGGUAACAACCUUAAACAAAUUUCCAUUAGCGUGAUCCAUCAAAUAUGUAAUAAUUUAGAAGAAAUAGCGGGACAAUAUAAUAAAAUCGAAUUGGAAGGAGAAAUAUGUUCCGAUUACGCCGUCACGCUAUUAGAAGCCUUGACGAUAAUUUGCCAUUAUUGUCUGUUGGAUUCGUCGCAAACGGCCAAUCAAAAUGUACCUGCCAAUACUAACGCCACAGUAUCGAACCCCGGCGAAAUAUUCAACAAUUUAUUCAACGUAUUUUUUUCGCCGUUAGGAAGCGACAUUAAUUUUUCAUCCAAACACAAUUCGGAUCAUUAUCAAAGUGCCAGAAAGACAAUUCUCAGUCACAUGCCUAGGAUAAUUUCCAGCGUUGGGAAACUUUGGCAGACGAUAGUCAAUAUAGAAAACGAAUAUAAUGGAAUUUAUGGACAUUCUAAAAUUGUAAAACAACAACUCCUAGAAUUCCUUAGUCCGAUUUCUGUGCAUCACAGUUCCAGUUUCCUAGCAGCAAUUUCAGUAACUUGGUAUGAAAGAAGGAACCCAUUUAGUAGUGUCAAAACAGUGCUUCCCGAACCGAAUGCCAGCCAAAACAAUUUAGUUUAUUUGAUUUUGGCAAUUAGAGUUAUUCCGUUAGAUAAUUUAGUACAAACAGUAACAGCUGUGAUCAAAAACCCUCCACCGACUGAAGGUCUCAAUUCUGAAAUUUGUCUAGAUGUUUCUGUUCUUGAAUUAUUUUAUUGUUACAUGCGUAACGCAUCUUCCACACAAUUAUUUGAGGCAUGGGGUUCUCUUCUUGCACUUAUUAGAGAAGGCUGUUCUCUGUCUCCGCCCGCUCAAUUUCUACUCGCCGCCAUUUUACAUGAAAUCAUGAUUAAAUGCUGUCCGUUAGAAGAGAAGAAAGAUCAAAAAGAUUUACAAGAUGUUACUGCUAAGUUGAUAGAUUGUGUUUCACAAGUUUGCGGUUCAUGUUUAGAACAAACUACAUGGUUGAGAAGAAAUUUUGCAGUUAAAGAACAAGAUGAAGAUUGCGGGCAAGAUUCCAAUAUUAUAAGUGGCAGUCACAGUGAUAUAUUUGUAAAUUCUAGUCACAGUGUCCAAGCACAACUGUUACUCUCAGAAAUUCUGGCACCCAUUUUGGAUAUAUGCUUCGGAUCGUCAGAAAAAGAUAAAGUUAACAACAUACUUGUAUCAUUAAUGUGCAACAUAGUACCUUAUUUAAAAACUCACACUGUGAAAAAUAUGCCAAGUUUUAGCGCAUGUUCGAAAUUAUUAUCCAGUCUCAGUAGUUAUCAGUACACCAGAAAGGCUUGGAAAAAGGACGUUUUUGAUCUGCUACUAGAUAAUUCGCUUUUCCAGAUGGAUUACACCUGUAUGAAAUUUUGGAGAAUUAUCGUUGACAAUUUAAUGACUCACGACAACACGACUUUCAGAGAUCUGAUGAAUCGAGUUUCGAUGAACCAAAGUGGAAGCUUGAAUCUUUUUUCAUCAAGAGAACAGGAAUACGAGCAAAAAGCUCAAUUACUAAAACGUUUAGCUUAUGUUAUAUUUUGCAGUGAGAUGGAUCAAUAUGCUAAAUAUAUGCCAGACAUACAAGAACAACUCACGAGUAGUUUGAGACUAAGUGUUCCAGGAGUGCAAGCGCAAGUAUUUUUGUGUUUUAGGGUGAUAUUAUUGAGAAUGAGUCCCUUGCACGUUACUUCUCUAUGGCCGAUUGUAAUUAGUGAAAUGCUGCAGGUGUUUCUACAGAUAGAACAAGAAUUAUCGACAGAUACUGAAGAAUUUAGCUCUCAUAUAAAAUUAUUAUCUUCUCUUGAUGCAAGCUGGGCUACAAAUAGCAGCAAUGGACUUCACGCAUUAGGACAUCCACAUUGGCUGAAAUUACAAUUAGCAACAGCAAAAUUGUUGGACUUGGCGCUCCUCUUACCUGCAACAACACUUCCACAGUUUCAAAUGUACCGUUGGGCGUUUGUAGGCGACGAUUUGAACAAACAAUACAACAACCAAUUUAAUCAAGUUUCAUUUUUACCCCAUGUCAUUAGAAUAGCAGAUCUGAUGGAUAAGAAAUAUCCUGACACUCACAAGGAUUACCUUCCAAUGAAUAGGAACGAAUUACUUCUAACGAUGAACAACAUAACACAACUCAAAGAUCUUCACGGUUUCUUCAAAACACUUAGUACUUGUUCGAAUAGGCACAGAACUGAUUGCAGUAAACACGCUUCUAGCGACCACAUGUAUAAUAGUGAACGUCAACAUGAUAAACAUCUGGAAUCUGUUUUAGAAAAAAUUGACAAAGUUAUAGAAACGGAUUUCCUGGAUAGGAUUCCUAGGUAAAAUAUAUUUGAGACGUUGAAAAUAAUUAGACUGGAAAAUUAUAUCAGAAAAGUCUGAGUUUGAUUCAUUUCCUUUACACAUGAUUUAGACCAAUUUAGUGGUAACAAAAAAUCAAAUAACAUAUUUUAACUUGAUUUUCGAUUACGUAAACAUUACAUAAACAUUUUAAUUGUUUCACAUACAUUUUUAAAAGGAACAAUCGCCGCUUCCCCAAAGCGAUUGCUUUCCUCCGACUGUUUCAUGCACUCUUUUCAAAUCUUUACUUUAUUUCUUCUUUAAGUGGUCGUGUGGUCUUUUGGAGCAUAUUUGCGUUGCACAACACCUUUGUAACUAAGUUGGAAUUUCUGGAACUGUUGGAAUGCUCAUACUGUUUACACUAACAUUCACAAUUACACUGUCGCUCGCAGCGUUUCGAUAACCAAGUUAUCAUUUUCAGAAAUUGAAGGUAAAAACAUAACAUAAAGACAGCGGUGAACUACACUAUGUGCAAGCAAUAUUGUCUUCAUAUUGCUCCGAAUUUGGCGAUUCAGAGCAAAACACAUACAUAGUAAUUGUUUGGUUAAUUUUUCCAUGAUAAAAGCGAAUUCUUUGAUCUAAUUUUUACAAUAACGGAGUGUUAUUGUCGCACUUAUCUUAAGGAAGAUAUUUGAAAAAUGCUAACGUACUCAUAAAGUAAACCUGAAUUUAUUAGAAAUGACUUAAAGUAGGAUAGUAAAGGAGAGGAAUUGGGAUCUGACAACACAGCAACUUUCACCUAACUCUUUACUGACUCUAUUUUCCAAUUAGCUUAGAUAACAUAUUUUGGGCACAAUUUAGUUGCAAGAAAAAUCCAAAAUGGUACUGGAAUGUAUGGUACCAGCUUUGGUCAAAUCUCAGAAAUAUUUUAAUUUUUUAAAAGAAACUUACUACAUGAUCUGAUCUAGCGUAUUUUUAGUACUACUUUAUUAAAUUCAAUUUGAUUUUAUAUAAGUACAUAUUUGAUAAUUAAAUGUAUUUGUUAAGAAAGUAUAAAGUGCAAAAUGAUUUCGCCAAUAGUUUUUUUUCUGUAUAUAACCAUAUUCAGCAGUUGUUUUCCUAGCACUAUGUGUACAUAUAUGUAUAUUUAAAUAUUGGUGAAUUGUAUAAAAAACAUUCAAGAAAAAAGAAUUAUGUAUAUAAUCUAUCCUAAAGAAACGAGCUUUUUAAAAGUUUUAAAGAAAUUUCUUAUUAUCACAAAACUUUGAAUAUACCAUUUUCGAUAUACACAUAAAUAAAAGAAAAAGACUAGUUUAUCAAAAAAAUUGUUGUUGAUUCAGGUGUGUGGAUAGCUCAAAGUUUAGUAUUUGUUGGUGACAUUCUAUCCAAUCAAGUGAGUUCAACUUCCGAACAUAAAUUUUGUUUACUUUGGAGCCUAAGUUUUCUGCUUACUUCCCAAACUUUUUGAAAGGUUUUGUAAUUUUUAUUUUGUUUCUACCAGGUGAUGUUGUUCGUGUAUGCCAUCAGUAAGUUGUUUUUCCUCAAUGACAAUGCACUUUUUCAUGAGCAUAUUAUUUAUUACCAUUUCAAUUAAACUAACAUGUUGAAAGUAGAAUCAAUUCAACUUCUAUUAUUGAUAGUCUGAUUACAAAUAUAAAAAUUUAUGAUUAUAUGAAUAUAAUCAAGAUUUGAAGCAUCUUAAAAUUGAAUAUAAUAAAUAUGGUUUUACAAAAGUAAUAAGAAUUUUUUGUUUGGAAUAAAUUAUAAUACAAAAACAAUGUGCCAAAAUGAGUCAACAACAAAAAAAAUCGGUAAUGUUAUUUUGAAGCUGAAGAAAAUUGAAUCACAUAUUAUAUAAAUACGAGAAUGGUUCUUUAUGCUCCCCUUUUAUUCGAAGGAGAAAAAUAAUUCAUAGGGAAAGCAACAAAACCAACAAAUAGAAAACUUUUUGGAAGUGAAGCGAAAUUCUUCGUAAUUUGAUCUUGUCUUGACUUUUCCUUUCUUAAAUAGGAAUCUGUCCAGUCUGGCAAAUUAUUAGUUUGUUAUAAAUAUGGACUAUGGUGAAGAUAUGAGACAAGAAAAUUUGCAAAUAUGUUCUUAGUUUGCUAUUUUGAUUUCUUUCUACUGAUAAUCAAGAUCUAGAAUAAUAUAUUCGUAUUGUGGAAAAUGACAAUGAAGCAUAGGUAAAUAUACAACUAUCUCCUGUCUCUCAUUGUAAAUGAAAUACUUGACAAUCUGUAUUAAAAUAUCUACUAAAUUCUUACAAAUAUGUUAAGGGAGCAUGGGGAUCCUUCGGUUUUGUAAAAUAAGGUUUAGUGACAAUGUUGAGAUAUUUUUAUAGCACUGCAAGAAUUUACAUUUUUAUAUAAAAAAAUGUUUUUCAGAUCUCGGAACGGUUUGCAAAUUUAUAAUCAGCAUUUUUAAGACUUUCAACACUAAUUGUUCACUAUUUUUAUUGAUGUUGUAAAGUUUUUACGUUGUUUGAUUUAACCUUCUUUGUAUUUCGGUACUUUUGUCGAAAAUACUUCAGUUAAGAUAUCAAAAACUUAUAUAAUUGUACAAGUUAUUUGCAAACUGUGAUAUAAAUUUGUUGCUUCUAAAUUGACAUUAAUUGAUUUUUUAAUUCAUCACAACUUUCCUUUCCUGGACUCUUUAUUGGCGUUUGAAUAAGUGUCUUUUAUACACCUCGCCCUAAUCUUAAAAAUCAGUAUUAAAUAUAGUGCAUUUUUAAUUUUGUAGGUUAUACAAAUAUGUUAUAUUUUAUUUAAAAAUGAUUUGACAGUUUUCUUGUUGUCUUCAUGUCUACUUUCCAACUGCUUAAUUUGGUUAUAAAGUACUUCACCUAGUAAGCACGGAAAGACUGCUUCAACUGCCAAGAAUUUUCGAUGUAAUCGAAAAUAACAAGUUUGCCUUAUCGGCCUAUACCACUUCGUGAAUCAUUUCAAUUGCUUAAGGUGCGUCGCUAUCAACUGGGCGUCCAGAACGUUCGGCGUCUUCCACUUUUUAACAUUGAAAUUGAUUAUGUAGAGUUCCCGUAGCUCUAGUAUUUAUGAAACAUCUUUACUUUGAGUUAUGGUCUUUUUUCAGUAUACUUAUGAAUUUUUUUCAAUUCUCUACUUUACAAAAUGGUACUAAUUGGCAUCACUGUCUAACGUUGACCCUGAUCAUAUUUUUUAUCCACAGUUUGUCCUUCUAAAAACUUUCCCUAUUUCGAAUUAACACGUUAAAUGCAAAGGAAAUAUUCACAAUUUUAUUUAAUUAUUUAUUAUUAUUAAGUUCUAGAAAAUGAAGGCUAUGUUUCAAAGUUUUAUUCCUUAGUUAAAUUAUCCAAAACAAAUCUCCUCGGGAAGGUUAAUUUUGUAGUUGGCAGUCAACGUGUUAAUUAUGGGAUCUUUGUGUUACAAAUAAUCCAAAACGGUUGCAUAGUUUUUGUAAGAAUAAAAUAUAUAGACUCGUGAAUAUUGUGUAAAUGUAAAACAAGAAAACUGUCUCAUCCAAUUUUUGAUAUACUUAUAUAUUUUAUCGAUUUGUGUUUUUUGUUGGAAUAAAUUUUAACAUUUAAAAAUUAAUUUAUUCACCCGUACUUUUACUGUAUUCACCUACGUUUAAGAUUGUGAUUUUAAAUUGUGAUUUAAUAACUAAAUGAUGGCAAAUAGCCUUAUUGUUGUAUUAUUGUGUAUCCUUGCAUUUUGCUACAAUAAACUAUGUUGAGAAAAA